UAUAAAUUUUAUGCAUUGUUAGGAGCACACGGUGUCGCUAGUGGGAUUUAUUUCUGCGCCAAAAUACAUAGAACUGGGUUUCGGUUUUCCUGAAAGUAAGUCCCAUUUAAACAUAAAGCAGUUUAAUUCUGAGUCAAUAUGUUUAGGACUCGGAUUUACAACGUAUUAAAACAGCCCUAUGCCUGUGGGAAACAGCUGUCAAAAACUAAGAUACAUUGUACCACGUGUCCAGGGUUAGAUUGUCUCGGUUGUCAAAAUUUGCUGGCUAGUUCUUAAAGGGUCCUAAGAUUCACGGCAAUUAAAUACUAGAUGGAGCACCUUCACACUGUCAAUCAAUGCCAGCUUCUGCUCAGCCCCAUUGAAUUCGGUGUAUUUACUUUAAAGAAUUUAAGACAAUUUAAAAGCGGGCGACUUUCAAACUUUUAAAAUAGUUUUUUUGUGAAUGAACGAUCGCUUAUGUCAGGUCGAACGGCAGGUCUUUCAUUUCCCCGUCAAAGUCGGUGUGAGUUGUGAUUUGCUCAAACCGAGAAAUUGCUUCAAAACCAGCCAAUGGACACUCGGCAUCUGGCUGGCCAAUCAUGAACGAAACCUGAACGCUUGUAACUCUUUGCGAGUUCUCAGCCAAUAGGAAAUGAAGAAUACAAGUCUUUCAUUUGCAUAUCGCCAAUAUAAAAAACAGCAGCGCUCCUGAGCCCGCGGUGACUGCAGAGCGCACGAAACGGCAGAGAUGCCGGAGCCAGCGAAGUCAGUGCCGGCUUCCAAAAAGGGAUCCAAGAAAGCUGUGACGAAGACUCAUAAGAAAGGCGAUAAGAAGCGGAAGAAAGUUAGGAAAGAGAGUUAUUCUAUCUAUGUCUACAAAGUUCUGAAGCAAGUUCACCCGGACACUGGCAUUUCCUCCAAAGCCAUGAGCAUCAUGAACUCCUUCGUGAAUGAUGUUUUUGAGCGCAUCGCUGGGGAAGCCACCCGCUUAGCGCACUAUAACAAGCGCUCCACUGUCACCUCGAGAGAGAUUCAAACGGCUGUCCGGCUCUUGCUGCCCGGGGAGCUGGCUAAACACGCUGUCUCCGAGGGCACGAAGGCUGUCACCAAGUAUACCAGCUCCAAGUAAAUUACCGCCACUCACUGCAACCUAACGGCUCUUUUAAGAGCCACCUAUUUUUUCAUUAAGAGAGCUCUACGACACUUCUGUCCCCUACUAA